UGGUGUAGAGGCGCUGAAGCUAGAGGAGAGGAGAGGAGUGGAGUAGAGAGGAGAGGAGUAGAGAGGAGAGGAGACACCCAGCCGAAGCUCGCCGAGGAAAUGAAGCGGCGGCUGCACAAGAAGUAUAUCCUCCUAAUCCUCGGCUAUUCCGUGGUCUUGCUCCUCAUCCCGUACGUGUUGGACUACCACAGCAAGUCGGCUCAGGUGCGCCAUGGAGCUCGGGAGCAGCGGCAGCAGCAGCAGCGGUGUCCGGAUCUGGAGAACACCAUGGCGCUGUGGAACGCGACCGAGCCCGCGGAGGAGAGCGCAGGAACCAGGAACCGCACCAGAACGCACAUCUAUCUCCAUGCCACAUGGAGGACAGGCUCGUCCUUCCUAGGGGAGCUGUUUAACCAGCACCCGGAUGUGUUCUACCUGUACGAGCCGAUGUGGAACAUGUGGCAGGCGCUGUAUCCGGGCGACGCGGGGAGUCUGCAGGGCGCAGUGCGGGACAUGAUGAACUCGCUGUUCCGCUGCGACUUCUCCGUGCUCAGGCUGUACGCGGGCUCAGCCAACAUCAGCACCUCGUUCAUCUUCGGCUGGAAGACUAACAAAGUGAUCUGCUCCCAGCCUCUGUGUGCGGCGUACAAAAAGCACCAAGUGGGACUCGUCCAAGGAGACGUGUGCGCCAAGUGCGCGCCCAGAGACAUCCGAGAGCUGGAGAGGGAGUGCAAAAAAUAUCCCGUGAUGGUUAUUAAGGAUGUCAGAGUGUUAGAUCUGGGAGUGCUGGUGCCUCUGAUGCGAGAUCCUACACUCAAUUUACAGAUCAUCCAGCUGUUCAGGGAUCCUCGAGCCGUGCACAACUCCAGGCUCAAGUCCAAGCUGGCGCUUGUGCGUGAAAGCAUCCAGAUUCUGCGGAGCAAGAAGCAGAGUGACAAGUACAAGCGGCUGCUGUCGCCUGGGAACAGGGUGAACCGUGCUGAGAGCUACGUGGCCGGUGCCAUGGAGCUCAUCUGCGACAACUGGCUCAGUGACAUGCUCCUGGUGAACAGUGCACCUCCAUGGCUCAAGCGCAACUACCUGCAGAUCCGCUACGAGGACCUGGUGCUGCAUCCGACCAGCGAGCUGCACCGACUCUACCGCUUCGCCAGCCUGAGCUCAUCUCCAGAGCUGGAGCAGUUUGUGACGAACAUGACGCGAGGACAGGGAUACUCCUCAGACCGGCCCUUCCUCAUCUCAGCGAGGGACGCCAAGGAAGCCAUCUUCGCCUGGAGAGAGAGGCUGAGCGUGGAGCAGGUGGGCCAGGUGGAGGCUUACUGCAGCGAGGUGAUGCGCCACCUGGGGUACGAAAAGAAGAACCUGGAGCAGAGCUACAAAGCCUAAAGAGAAGAAUGAGGACUGUGAGAGAAGAGAACAGGCUGAAGUGAAGCUACAGCGAGAUGCAGGAACACCGUCCGUCACCGGUCUGUGGAGGAUUGACACUAGGAACAGUUCCAGUCUGAGAGCAGACGCUCCACAGCGGCGCGAGUCCGAGUCCGACACCGAGGCUUCCGAGGACACUGAUUAUAACCUGGAGGAGAUUAAACACUAACUAUGACAUUGACGCUGAGACGCCUAGGAGAUGACCGAGCUGGCCGCGUAUGGAUCGUCGGCCAUGUUUGAUCAGCGCUAAUCCUCCAAUUCCCUUAAUCAGCUACAGGACAUGGAGCUCAGAGCUCUGGGCUUCAUUGUGUGUGUGUGUGUGUGUGUGUUUAGCCUGUGAUAUGAAAACUGAAGUGCCGUUUCACUGUCACACUUUAUCUUUCACGUACAUGAGGAAUGGAAAGUUUGUUAAACACCAUAUUCUUUCAGAAACCUUCUGAAUAGAAACAUUUACAAACACUUAAUAAUGCAGUGUAGGCAUUUCAUUAAAGUCUGAAACAGUGCACAGUAGUGUAUCAUGAGAGCGACAGGAAGCGCCUCUUAGCACAGGUUACAUGUUGGUCAAACAUUUGAAUGUUUGGUAACACAAUACCUAAGGGCAGUGUUCAUAAGGUUUCAUAUGUCAGGUGGCUCUUCCUGCUGUCUGAUAUACACUUACAUAGACAUUUAUGUGGCUAAUUGCAAUUCGCAUCAGCUCUCAUCAAGAUGACUCUGGUCAAAAUAUUCAUAACUCUGUUAUAAGAGUAUCAUGAAAAUGUCGUAUGAAUUCAUAAAAAUAUUGUAAGUAGAAAAAUAUAGAUAGAAAAUAUACAUAGCUCUGUCACGACGUGGUCAUAGGUGUUCAUAAAAUCUUGUAACUUUGUUUAAGGGCUAGAGAAAAUAUACAUAACUCUGGCAUGGCAGUGUCAUGUCAUGGUCACAGGUGUUCAUAAAGAUGUUAUAAA